AUGGAGGGGGAAGAAGACAGCUCACGGGCUAUUCCUGGGGCUUCACUUGGAGGCCUCCCGACACCGGCCUCCAGGGCCAGUUUUCGCUUGGGGAGCGUCUUCAAUGGGCAGGAAAUUGGGUGGGACGAUGCAAUCGCGACGAGGAGGCGUGAAGAGGUGCGGGAAUGGGAGUCUCUAGGACCUGGCCCGGUGACGGAGGAGCAAGGAACACGGGGAAAGGAGAAGGACCCGGAUUGGAGGCCGGCUCCGGGGGAGGCGGCCGGCACGAGUGGAGGAUCGGGUGAUGAGGGUUGGGGAGGGAGAGGAGCGGGCCAGGCUGGUGGCAGUGGCGCGCGUGGCAGCGGUGCAGCAGCAAAGAGGCCACGCCCGAGUGGGCCUGUGGGGUCGGGAGCUGGAGGGGCCGGGCCGGCGUCGAAUUCGCAGCCGCAGGGGGCAGCCGCGGGUGGUUCUGAGGGGUCGGGCGCAGCAGGGGCAGGUACCUCCGCCGUUGCGGCAGGUGGUGCACCUUUGGGUGGGUCUACGGGGGCUGGAGCUGCUGCUGUGAUUGCAAGCCAGAGGUCCGACAGGGCGGGCAGGACCCCUACCGACGAGGAGCUGGACCCAUGGACUGAGGAGGUGCUUAGGAAUGCAGAACCCGGCCUGGUUCGUGGCAUGUUCAGUGAGGAGGAUGUGAACGAGGCUAGGAAUUGCAAGAUUUGCAAGAAGAAGAUUAGCUGGAAAGGUAGUUGCACGAGCACGGGGAAGAGACACCUCAAGAGGAGCCACUACCCCAGUCUGCAGAUCUGGUGUCGGCGUUUCAAGGAUCCAAACAAGCCAGACAACCUGACGUUUCCCGAUGGGGGAUGGGGUCCGGAUGUCCCCGACCAGACAGCGUGGCCUUGGGAGCAUGCAGCCACGUGGCCCAGGAUUGUACAGACACCAGACAGCGCUGUGACUGGCGGAUCCGAGGCUGGUGGGAGUAGGCAGAUGAGCAUGGCCGCAUUCGUCACGCCGCGUGUUCAUGGCCAGCAGCUGCGCGAGGGAUUGGUGCUGCUAUUUGCGGCAGCUGACCUUCCGUUUCGACUUGUUGAGUGUCGCGAGGCAUACGGGGAGGCUGCUCGGGAGGACAUGCGGCAGCUACUGGUGGGUGAUGGCCUGGCGGGAAGGAUGUCCCUCACCUUUGACAUCUGGACCGGUGAGAACAACGUGGCCUUCAUGGGGGUGACUGCCCACUAUGUCACCAGCGAUUUCCAGCUAAAACAGGCUGUUAUAGACUUCAGGGAGCUUAAGGGCUCUCAUACGGGGGACUUGAUAGCCGAUGAGCUGGAGGAGGUGUUGAGGGAGUGGGGCUUGGAGAAGAUGCUGUUCGCCGUGACGUGUGACAACGCCGAGAACAACAGCAGGGCGAUGCGUCUGCUGGCCGGUGUACCUGACGCCAGGCCGGGCUCACGGCCCAGGCACCCACCACUGCUCAGUCGCUGGAGGCACUUCAGGUGCAUGGCGCACGUCGUCAACCUUGCAGUGCAAGCUGCACUGAAGGUUGACGAGGUGGCCGAGCCACUCAAGAGGCUGCGAGACGUGGCGAACUACAUCGGCUGGUCCACACUGCGCACAGAUCGUUUCUUCGAGCUCCAGAAGGGAUACGCGGCGACCCGGCCCCAGGGUCCUCCAGGUUCUCGGCGACCAUCGGGUCCGUUGCGUUUGAUCGUGGACUGCGUGACGAGAUGGGGUUCUACACUCCACAUGGUGAACAGGGGCUUCGAGCUGCGCAUGCCCAUUGCCAUGUUUUUCGACGAUUCAGAUUACAACGCGCUGAUUGAUCUGCAGGAGAAGGCACAGCGCACUCCUGGCAUCUCCCCUCUGCGCUCAUCGCUGAUCACUGCUGCUCUGAGCAAGCUGGAGCGACACAUGGGGGGUGUGAGCGAGGAGGCAGCGAUAGCCACUUUCUUGGACCCGCGCCAGAAGCUCGCGCCCUUCAAGCACCGAGUCAGGGCAGCAGAGGGGAAUUCGAGAGGGACAACACUGGAGCUAGGACCUGAUAGGGUGAAGGCCCUGGUACGAGCGCGCCUUCCAGAGUACCAGGCAGCCAGCACCACGGCGCUGCGAGAUGGUGGGGAGGUGACUAGUGCGAGGGGUGCAGGGGUGCAUGCGUCGGCAGGGGGUGGGGCUGUGGAUGCAUCGGCAAAUGUCAGCAUCCAAUAA